GAGAAAAUGCUCGCCUGCCAUUGAGGCGCGAUCCUAAACACGAUCUUCACACUGCUUACUGACUGACAGGACGAGCUUUCGCAUCGAAGGCAGUACAGGACCGUACAUGCGUCGUAGUCGGCGUCGGCGUCGUCGUAGAGCUGCUGAUGGUGAUAGUUGUACUGGAGUCGUAGUAUGAAGUAAAUCUGCAACAGGUGCAUCGAUUGCGAUACCGUCCCCGCUGUAAAGGUGGACUCGUUGCCUCGUACGUCUCGAUGACAAACAUGGAAACAUCGUAUGAAGAUGCAUUUUGUACCAUGGCAAUCAUUUAUGCAGAGAAGAGCAGAGUAGAGGAGCUGAACCUGACUGACUGACGACGAUGCUGCAGCUGAACGAAUGUAAAAACGAACGAAGGUCCGGGAUCGGUCGUCGUGGCUCUAGGCCUUGUGGUAGGUUCUAAAGCUUGUCCACGCUCAUGCACGGAAGCAAGUACGUCUGAUUUGCAUGAAUCGAAGCUGUAGAGCACAUUCAUGUCUGCUCGAUUUUUCGGUACCAUGUUGCGCAGCUAGCCGACCAUACUCCGAAGAUACUCGGCGCUGGAUUCAACUUACGGUCGGUAUUUGUCUUCCGAACCCACGGCGCUCAUACGAUAGCCAUGGCGAACCAGAGGACGUGGAAAUCCUCGCGCCAGGUCGAAUCUUCGGAGCAAAGUCAGCCGUGCUCGUCACGUACUGGCAUGGCAUGUUGUGACCCAAUUGAGGCCCUUUCCGAUACGGCUGAAAAGAAAUACUGGUGACAGGACUGCAUUAGGCAGCCCUUCUGAUGGUCCGCCUGUGUUAUCGGAUCAUGUAAGUUUCAAAUUAUCUAAUAUACUUUUCGAGAACAGCUUCAUCCGCAUAUUGAUUUGCUCCUGGAUCAGUUUCAAAGCGCAAGAGGCUCUCUAUAUCCAGCAGCCGAAUAGAUAGAUGGAGUGAGGCUCUCGCUGGUUUCCUCCAUGAUUUGCUAUGUGAUCUAAAC